CGCACACACGUACGCACGUGCGCCUGUAUACAUUUGUGGCUUAAAUCGAUUUCAUUUUCCAUCAUCGUGCCGUCGCGAAUUUUUCAAACAAUCCCAGAUUUCGCUAUCACGCAAUCUGAUUCGCAAUCGCGGUUCCGUGCAAUAAAUCUUAGCUGCAUACCGCGGUCAACAUGCGCGCAAUACAGCCGAGAGGAAAUGAUGCGGAGGAAUAAUUUACAGGCGCGCCGGUAUGUUACGCCGUCUCUCGCUGAAUUGGGCGACUUGCCGUACAAGCACAAGCACGUUCUCAUGCUGACGCGCGUACCUGGUGCGGGCGCCGAGUUGAUGGUGCUGAUCCUGCAGCGGUUGCAAGGGUACAACGCUUUCAAGCACAUACGUCUGCCACCGGGCUAUCACGGACUCUUGUCAACCUCGCAGCAGGAGUUGCUGGUGGAAGAAAUUACAGGUAUUAUCAGACAAGAAGCUAUUCCCUUAACUUUCGAUGGGGACGUAAGGUUCCUAAACUUCUCGGCAUUUGGACAGCAAGGGCCUACCUUUAUAUCUUUAGUGAGAGAUCCUUUGGAUCCACGAAUUUGGCAAAGGAAUAAAAAAGGAGAAGAAGAGACGCCUUACCAUGGGGUUAUACCUUACUUUUGUGGACAGAAUCCGCAUUGUACGACACGAAAUAAUACGUGGGCGAUGGAGCGAGCUAAAGCAAAUGUUAUUCGAUGGUAUCCUGUUGUUGGCAUAUUGGAUUACAUGGAGGAGUCGCUAAACGCCCUUGCAGCUGAAUUCCCCUAUUUUUUUAAGGGCGCCAUACGUGUCUAUCAUCAUUUGCGAUCAAACAGGAAACAUCCGUCCAUCUCUUCAGCAACUUUAAAGCUACGAGUUAAAGACGCGACCUUGAGAAAGGUGCUCGCACAGGAAGUAGAGUUUUAUCAAUGGUUAAAAUCCCGACUUCUCGAUAAAACCGGGAGGAAGAAUGGUCGUACCGGCGAUCUAGUGAGUUCUGAAAUGUCUGAUUCCCAGCGUCAUCACGUCCAUUUUCUGGACAUAGAAAAUACGUAGCCAUAUUUUUUCGAUAUGGUAAUUCAUCGAUAUAUAUAAAAUAGACUGCUGAUUGUAUCCUUAAUAAUUAAGUCAUAAACGAGUAGACUUGUGGCGAGCGAUCAAUUCAGUAGCUAAGCAAAGAUUCGGAAAGUAUGUGAAUGGGCAAACAAUUGUUUGUCAAUUAACACUGUUAUGAAUGAUAUUUUAAUCAUAUUCCAGACCGACCUACUGUAACAAACUAGUCGCCAAAUUGAUAUUAAAUUGAUUUAUUUAUAUAAAACAGCAGUAUUUUAUACACUGACAAGGGGAGGACACGCGGUGCCCCUCGCCGGUUGAAGCGGUGAUUUUUUUAUACGUAGUCCUCGAUGAGGAAAAGAUUUUGUGAAAGUAUGAGCGUGCGCUUCUCAUGCAUUCGUCCAAAAAAAAUGUUAAAGAUUUAGAUUUCGUACUUAACACUCUGCGGUAAUAAAGUUUUCGUUAAAAAAACGUUUUGUAUAGCUGGGUCGUUAACUUUCCGAAUUUUGAAAUAGUAACAACGAUGUUUUUGUACUUUGUUACUAAUUCAUCAAUAGAUUUUUUAACCCUGGACCCAAAAUUACCCGUCGAUUCUUGUAAACGCGCAAAUACACAUGGUAUCAAUUUUCCUCUUGGAGAGGACAAAUGUAUACGAUGAAAAAAGACAAUGAGAGAUUUUAUCUAGAAAAAAUUGCAUUUAAAUUCUCUCAAUUGUCCGUCAUAAAUUAUCGUCGCUAUUUGCCGUUAUGUUGCAUUGCGCAUGGUUUGCUGCAAAACUUUGUAAUAAAGAAGAAAUUUUUGUAAAUGUAAAUCUAGUCUGCUUUCCUAUAGACGUUAAAAUGCCCUGUAGAUGCAAAAAUGCUGCAUUUAUUAAAUGUACAAGGUAUGCUAUAACUUUCAUUACUUUUACGACCAGUGCCGCACAAAAUCUUGCACUGCUAAUUCCACCGAUUAAUGUACAACAAUUUUGUUAUACAUAACAACGUUGACAAUAAAGAAUUUAUACCAUUUAU